CACUUCUCACCAAAACAAAACGGGAGGCAGCAUUCUCUGUGACCAGCGGGAGCACACCACGUCCGAUCAUAAUGCUAAACAGAUAGGAAGUUAUUGUUCUCAUGAUCUGACUUUGAAAAUAUGAAGGAACGGAAGAAACAAAGGAACUUAAGAUAUCUACAAAUUUUUGUAUGAAAAAGUACAAACAACAGUAAUCAUUUUCUUCCAGACGCCCUCCGGUAAUAGUCACUGACCUUGAUAGUAGGGAAUGACCAGCUUGAGUUCAAUCUCACUUAUAUCACUGCCAACAUUCUCAUAUAUACUAGAUUACAUAUGCCAGUACACAUGUAAUUUACCAGUGUCAGACCCCCAAACUGAUCAUCUGUCCAGAGUAUGUCCAAAAGGUCAAGGUCAGAUAAUUUCCCAGCCAGAAGACAAAAGACUGAUUCAUCUGCUCUUGGUUAUGCUGACCACUCCACAAAGGCCACCUCAUCAUCACCCAGGCUCAAGGUUCAUCCCUACAGCAGAUAUGAGCAAGGGCCAGCUGUCCUCCGCAAACCCAUGUUUCUUGGGGACUUUUCCUUGGAUGAGCAGCGGCGCUUCUGUCAUGACCAGCGAAACCUCAGCUUCAUACACAUGGACUGGACUGGUGACAAAAAGGUUCAGUUUGAUCUUAAUGUGGCAAUGGACAAGGUGAUACGGAAGAAUGGGGAGGAGACAAAGAAUGAGAAGCUCGACCGCAUGUUGGAGUGGAUUCUCUCUAACACUGCUAAGUUCCACACAAAGGAGUCAGCUGGCAAAUCACUGCAAUGUCUCUCAACAGAUUUUGUAUGCUUCAGAGGACUGCUCACGCAACUCAUGUGUACUCCUUACGAAAACAGAGAAGGCUGGAUAGUGUGUGCAACAAGAUUCCGUAACACCAUAUACCUGUGUGCCUACGAGACGCCUGAGAGAAAGGCACAGAGAGAGGGUGAGACUGAGAUGCAGAAGACGAUGUGCUCAUGGGGCUACAAGUUUGAGCAGUACAUGAUUGAUGGCAGCAACACUUCUGAGGGAGUGAAUGAAAAUGAAGAGUACUGUGUCAUGAUGCGGUCCCGCCUGCAUGACCACUCCCUUGUGUAUGGGGCAGAAGUAGAUGGGGCUGACCCAGCUCUCUACAAGACUCCUCAUGGUGAUCUUGGAGCAUUUGUGGAACUUAAGACCAGCAAGGAAGUGACAUCAGAGCGAGAACACCGAACACUGCACAAAUUCAAGAUGAUGAAGUGGUGGGGUCAGUCGCACCUGGUAGGCAUUCCCAGGGUGGUGUGUGGUUUCCGUGACACCUCAGGGAUCAUCCACACCCUCAGAACUUACCACGUGCAGGAGAUCCCCAAGCUAUCUCAGGAUUACUGGAAAUCAGAUAAUAUGCUGAAAUUCUUGAGGUACUUCCUUGAUUUUGUGAAAAGAAGUGUGCUGAUGGAUGACCCACAGUGCAUUUACAAGUUUGAGAGGUUCCCUGGGGGUGACAUAACCUGUACCUACCUGGGUCAUGAUCCAAAGUGGGCUUUUUUACCUGAAUGGUAUUACAAGAAGGUGUUCAAUUCUUAAAAUAAUUUAAAUGAGCAUCACACAGUGGCAUUGUGGUUCUCUGCUGCCUCACCCUUGCCUGACUUGAUCCUUACUUUCCUUGGUUGUUGGUUGGGAUGUUUGUUACGUCUAUUUGCAACACAUAUGACUUACCUUGACAGAAUGUCAAACACAGUGAUUCUCAAACUGUGUGUUGUGGUACAGAAGUGCGCUGCAACUAUCUCCCAAGUGUGCUGUGUAAUUUUCAUGUAAUGUAAUUCUGUGUAAUUUUCAUUGUGGUUUACACUACAUUAAUUUUCAAAGUCCAAUAAAGUUUGAGAACCUCUGGUCUAUAACAACUCUGGUGGCACAAAUUAAUUUUGGCACAAAAGCAUUGGAAUUAAGAUGAAGAGAUAUUAGAGAAAAUACACAUGAAAUUUUGGAAAAAUAAAGUAUUUUGCAAGGAAGUCACUACUAAGAGUAAAAAGAGCACUUAUCAUAAGUAGCUUUACAGAGGCAUAGUGAUAUACUAGAUAGUAAGAAUCCAUUUGUGAUGAGGUGAGACUGAUGUUCUUAAAAGUUGUCUAAUGAGAAGCAAAACAGAGGGAUAGUAGAACAUUCCUCAAGUCAAGGGUGUCAUAUUAGGAACUAAGAUGAAAAAGGUGAAAAGCAGGAAGACAUCUACAGUAGGCAGGAAGCGUAAUUGUGCAGUAAUAUUUAUUUUAUUUUAUUUUAUUUAUUUUUUUCUGUGCCAGGUAGACCAAUGAAAGCUUAAAAGUAAAUAGAAAAAAUGUUUUACUGUUCCCAUUAUCAUAAAGAUCUGCAAAUCACCAAUUAACAACAUCGUGCCAUUCCUCCAGUCGAUAGGUUUGCCCUCACGCCUCUGACUCACAACCCCAACCAUUCCUUCAUCUUAAGCUGAUAUGUAUUACUGCUCUAUUUCCUACCCUGUUUCCCUCUUUUUUUCAAUUGUGAUCUAGUGCUGUAAGCUGUUUGUUGCCAAGCACUGAUAUGUUGAUAAUUCACUUUGAUUAUUUAGUGCUUAGACAAACCUGCAAUUAUUGAAUUUGCCUUGAAGGAAAUUAUCAUACAAUUUGUGGAAUUACCAGGCAAUUUCCUGGGAUUAAUAUGUUACAUAAUAAGUUGAAUAAAUGAAUACACUGUAAA